AUGGUCCAGCAUGUGGGUAUCCUAUUGGUUUCCAUCUGCCUGCUUCACAGUCUGUUCAGUCUUCAAGAGGAAGAUUAUUAUGCACCAACUAUGGAUUCUGUCAUUAGUAAGCCAGAGAUAGAAGAUGGUGAAUGUGUCUUUCCAUUCUGGUAUAGAAAUGAAAUAUUCUAUGACUGCGUCACUUUCAAUGCAAAACACAAGUGGUGUUCUUUGAACAAGACUUUUCAAGGUUACUGGAAGUACUGUUCUCUCUCAGACUAUGCUCAAUGUGCCUUUCCCUUCUGGUUCAGACGCAUGAUCUACUGGGAUUGCACAGAGGAUGGGGAAGUGUUUGGAAAAAAGUGGUGUUCACUCACUCCAAAUUUCAACAAAGACCACAUUUGGAAAUAUUGUAUAUAAUGGAUGUGAGAUGAUGAUGCUCUGACUGUAG